AUGAACGAAGCGCUUUGCUCUAUCCUGUGUGGUGAGGAGGAGUGGUGGUAUGAUCAAGAUGGCAGGUCUAUAAGCUUCAACAACGACGGAACUGGCGAGUUAUGGUGUCGUUGCAAUUUGAACUAUUGGAUCGCUGCUGAGAUUGAGUGGAAGAGCAUAAAACAAGUUGACCGGGUUGAGCCAUCAAGUCAAAGUGUCAAUACCGUCAGCGACGCACAGAGCAAAAACCCAAGGCAUCUUGGCCAGCUUAACCUCCAAAUAACUCUCACUAAGCGGCUUCCGCAACGGGCUCGAGACUCAAUUUUGUCAAAAAGUACUAUAAUCAAUGAGCUUAGUCUCAAAGACGACGCUUUUCAACCUAAAUUCUACGCUGUCACCAUCGAGAAAGGUAACUUCAUUGAACCGUGCCGCAUCGGAUUCUCGAGCUCGACGGCAUCAAGGUUUGCGCUUCGUUUAUUAUUUGAUACAUCGCCAUACCCUCCUCGAUCUGAGUGGAAGAAUCCAGAGGGUGGACCAGACGGAGGUCAAUUUUGGGACCACCGGGAAUUCGUCAGCCGACCGUCCACAGAACUGGAAAAGCAAGGAAGAGCCAUGAACGAAACUUCUCCAACCAUUACUGGCAGUUGCGCAGUCCUUUAA